AUGGCGAACCAGAAUUGCCCUAGGUCCACACAGCAGGCAGCGUUGCUCCUGCUGUACAAUGCUAAAAGACUGCGGAAAGGUGAUGAUGGAUGGCAAAGAAGAGGUAAUGGAACACAGGCAGCUGUCAUUGAUUCUGCUCAUUUCUCUGAAGUGUAUGGCAAGCCAAGAGUGAAAAGCAUUGGCCCUAAGCUCAUUCCUUUUCUGAAUACAGUAUGCAUUUACUUCAUCCUGUGGCUGCCUUCCUCUGAGCCCAGCUGGUUCAGUGCACUAAUAAAAUGCCUUCCUAUCUUAAGCCUUGGCAUCUUCCUUCUGGCUUAUAGUGUCAGUAUUGGGGCUAUGAACUCCUACUCCAAAAGGAUCCUGCUUGGACUUCUGUUUUCUGCUGGAGGAGAUGUCUGUCUGAUAUGGCCUCAGUUUUUUCUUCACGGAAUGGUGAUGUUUGGAAUCGCUCAUUUACUGUAUAUUACUGCGUUUGGCAUGCGACCCUUGAAACUGAAAAUCUUUCUUGUCUUUGCCCUUCUGGGUGGUACACUUUACUUUAUUAUGCAUCCAUAUCUACAAGAACCUUUUCUUUACACAGUUGGCAUUUAUACUGCAUUGAUAUGUAUUAUGGGCUGGCGAGCCCUUGCUAGGGUGAAACUCUCCUCCUAUGGCUGGUCAUGGACACGUGCAUACAGUGCUAUAGGUGCCAUCACAUUUAUGGUUUCGGACUGUACCUUAGCAGUGGAUAGGUUCUGCAUGCCCUUGCCAUAUGCACGGGCCAUUGUCAUGGGAACAUAUUACACAGCCCAAAUGCUAAUCGCACUUUCCAUUAUAGAUACUUCCACUGAUUAUGGUGAUGAUAAUCUCCUCUGGAAGAAAAAAUAACUAUUCAUUUACUCUGAGAUGCUGUUAAAUUAUUGCUAUGUCCUAACAGACAUGACUGUUUUGGAAAUCUAUUGUCAUAAUGUACAUACAUAUCAUAAGACAGCCUCAUUUUUUAUUAACGUGUAUUAAGGUAAAAAUGUUAAAA